CUUCGCUUACUCUUCGUCACCGCUUCCGAUCCCCAAAUCCCCGUCAACGACAAGGAGAGCUCCAUGGGCGACGCGCGGAAGAAGCCGAAUCCAGCCUCCUCUUCCUCGGGCGAAACCCUAAUCGAAGGGCGCAGGCCCCUGCGAUGCAUCGUCAAGCUCGGUGGGGCGGCGAUCACGCGUAAGAACGAGUUGGAGAGCAUAAACGAGGAGAGUCUUGGAUCGGUUUGUGCUCAGCUGAGAGAGGCCAUGGCGUCGUCCUCAAUCGGAAGUGCUUCGCCGCCGCCGAGGGGAAUUAGCAUGGAUUGGAGUAGGCGGAGCGGAGAUCGAAUUCUUCCGGUGAGCGUCGAUGACUUUGGAGAGCACAGUGCCGUAGAUUUUGAUAACAAUUUCGUCAUCGUCCACGGAGCAGGUUCUUUUGGACACUUUCAAGCUAGUACAUCUGGGGUCCAUAAAGGAGGAUUGCAUUUGCCUCUUGUCAAGGCAGGCUUUGUUGCUACACGGAUUUCUGUGACAUCGCUCAACCUUGAAAUUGUGAGAGCACUAGCACGAGAAGGAAUACCAUCUGUUGGAAUGUCGCCAUUUGCUUGUGGAUGGUCUACGCAGAAAAGAAAUGUUGCUUCAGCUGAUGCUGCUCAAAUUAUCCAUUCGCUCUCUGCUGGUUUUGUACCUGUUCUGCAUGGAGAUGCUGUAUUGGACCACUUGCAGGGAUGUACCAUAUUGAGCGGGGAUGUGAUUAUACGUCAUCUUGCACAGCUAUUAAUGCCCAAAUACGUUGUUUUUCUGACGGAUGUCCUUGGAGUGUAUGACCGCCCACCAUCCGACCCGAAUGCCAUACUUCUCAGAGAGAUAGUGGUAGAUGAAGAUGGGAGUUGGUCUGUCCUCAAACCUACAUUAGAACAACUUAAAAAGGAAGUUGAGAUCACCGUGGCGGCCCAUGACACAACUGGAGGAAUGGAGACCAAAAUAUCCGAAGCUGCAGUGAUUGCGAGGCUUGGAAUUGAUGUCUAUAUUACGAAGGCUGGCACGGAGCACUCCCUGAUAGCUUUGAAGGGGCAGGUGGAUAACGAUACUGAGGAUUGGCUGGGAACUGUAAUACGUUCUUCCAAGCACGCCCCCCUAUCCGCAUGAAUGAUUUGUGCUCAGAACAUUUAACUUUGUGCUUAACUUAGAGUGGGCACCAAAGAGGAUUGGGGUCCACCUAUGAUUUCUUUCUAGAUUUCUUCAUGCCACCACGAGCAAGCCAGGACCAAACAAAAAUUACUAUGAGAUUAGAGCUUAUUUAACCGUUUAACACAUCAUUAUGUACCUGUAUGGCACGCCAUUGAAAUCCAAAUGGAAGCAACACCAGUCAAAAUCAGCAACAGACUGACUAGUCUUCCGAUAUAGGAGACGACUGUAAAGUCUGUUGAUGCGCCUUCAAUUCCAAAAAGGAAUCAGCUAGCUAUUGAACAGCCAAACAUAUUCCAGCCGGCCAUAUAAUAAAAUGUUAUUAGCGUACCAAUUUUAGUUGUUGAUAACAACUGGCUUUCAAGUCUCUUGAUGUAGUCAAUUUUGUAACACACACA